CCUCCUCCCCCCUGUCUCGCUUUCCGGCCUCCCCUUCCGUCUCUGAUCCACUGAUCACUCCCCGCGUUUCGCUCGCCCUGAUCCGGCGAUCAGCGGGGAGCCUCCUCUCCCGGCGCACAGAUCCGGCGGCGACGCACGCCCUCCGCCGCCCGCCCGGCACCGGCAGAACGCCACUCGAUCCAGAUCCAGCUGCUAUCUUCUACCAUGGAUUGGGGAAAUUACGAAGUGCAUACACAUAUAGCGCGACUGGACUUGCUGCUGCUGCUGCAGGCGGGAUAUUUGGGAUUUGAAGGCUGGAAAGGCUACUGAAGUAAAAGUGACAAAUGCCCCACUGUCGGUAUCUGGUCAAAGCAUAGGCUCAUAGCGCACCAGUUAUGAACAUGGGGACAAGUACAACACAAAUAUGCCAGGGAUGAUGAAUGCCUAUUUUGCCAGGAGUUGAGGGAAAGUGCAAAGCUACAAGAUAGCAUAGUACUUCGUAAAGGAACAAGUUGGAAUUUUCUUACACGAAUAGUGACCGUAGAGUGACUGUUGGUUAGAGCAGAGACUUAGGGUCAUGCACCCUAUCUGUUGAGAGUAUCGCUUUGUCUCUUUUUACUAACCUGAUAUAUUUGGAUACAUAGUAAAUUUACUGUUUAGGUAAAGGUAUACGAAACAUCGUCUACAUUCCAGUAGCAUGCAUUUGAAUCAGUCAACUACUCACUAAUCACUAUUCACUUGCUGCUACUUUUUUCUAGGCAAUAGCAAAAACAAUUCAAUGCUGAUUACUAUUUGCACAAAGUUUCUUUUUACCUUUUUAUUUUCUGUCUGUUAGCACUAACUUCAACCCAUAUUUGAUGAAGGAUCAAGAAACCACUUAAUGUAGACAACUAGAUGCAAAAGGAACUUGGAACUUCACCAAUUCAAUUAAAGCAAUACCAACUUCAUGGUUAUGGGAUAGGAUGAGCAAUGGAGAUAAAUCAGGGCUCACAAUCUGAGACUGAAGACCAAACUGACUAAAGUGCAUAUGGUGUGUCUCUAAUAUUCAGCACACUUGUUGUGCAGUGGAACCAUCUGCUAUCAUCUUGUUUUCUUCAAAUUAAUCCCAGAAAAGUUGCUUCCAGAUGUCAACUACAAAAGUGCUAGAUCCUGCUUUCCAAGGAGUUGGCCAGAAAGUUGGGACAGAAAUAUGGCGUAUUGAAGAUUUUAAACCAGUUGCGUUGCCAAAAUCUGAUUAUGGUAAAUUCUACUGUGGAGAUUCAUACAUAGUUCUGCAGACAUCCUGUGCCAAAGGUGGCGCGUAUCUGUAUGAUAUCCACUUCUGGAUUGGGAAAGAUUCAAGUCAAGAUGAAGCUGGGACUGCGGCCAUCAAGACAGUUGAACUUGAUGCCGUCCUUGGAGGUCGUGCAAUCCAACAUAGGGAACUCCAAGGUUAUGAAUCUGACAAAUUUUUGUCAUACUUCAAGCCUUGCAUUAUACCUUUGGAGGGUGGUUUCGCCUCUGGGUUCAAAAAGCCUGAAGAGGAGAAGUUUGUAACACGGCUGUAUAUUUGCAGAGGGAAGAGAGCUAUACGAGUUAAAGAGGUUCCCUUCGCCCGGUCAUCGUUAAACCAUGAUGACGUGUUUGUCUUAGAUACUGAAAAUAAGAUAUACCAGUUUAAUGGUGCUAACUCCAAUAUCCAAGAAAGGGCCAAAGCAUUGGAAGUGAUCCAAUAUUUAAAAGAGAAAUAUCAUGGUGGUGUGUCUGAUGUUGCAAUCGUCGAUGAUGGGAAGUUACAAGCAGAGUCAGACUCUGGUGAAUUCUGGGUCCUUUUUGGAGGUUUUGCACCAAUAGGGAAAAAACCUGUGAGUGAUGACGAUGUUGUACUUGAAACUACGGCACCAAAGCUCUACAGCAUCAAUGAUGGUCAACUGAAGCUGGAAGAGGCAGCUCUUACAAAAGCUAUGCUUGAAAAUACCAAAUGUUUCUUACUUGAUUGUGGGGCUGAAAUAUAUGUAUGGGUUGGCCGGGUAACUCAAAUGGAGGAUAGAAAAUCUGCCACCAAAGCGGUUGAGGAAUUCCUUAUUAAUCAAAAGCGUCCAAAGACAACAAGAGUUACACAAGUCAUUCAAGGUUAUGAGAGUCAUGCUUUCAAGUCCAAGUUUGAAUCAUGGCCAGUGGGCAAUGCUGCUGGGAGCCCUGGCGUAGAGGAAGGGAGGGGAAAAGUUGCAGCUUUGUUGAAACAACAAGGUGUUGAUGUAAAGGGAGCUGCAAAAAACACCGCUCCAGUAAAUGAGGAAGUUCCUCCUUUACUUGAAGGCAGUGGAAAGCUUGAGGUAUGGUGUGUUGAUGGCAACACUAAGACUGCUCUGCCGAAAGAGGACAUCGGAAAGUUUUACAGUGGAAACUGUUAUAUCAUUCUCUAUGCAUAUCAUUCAGGCGACAAGAAAGAAGAAUACUAUCUCAGUUACUGGAUUGGGAAGGAUAGUUUGGUGGAUGAUCAAACGAUGGCAUCUCAGUUAGCUAAUACAAUGUGGAAUUCAUUGAAAGGACGGCCUGUUCUGGGUCGCAUAUAUCAAGGGAAGGAGCCCCCACAAUUCGUUGCUCUUUUCCAGCCCAUGGUUAUCUUGAAGGGUGGAAUUGGGUCCGGGUACAAGAAGCUUGUAGAAGAAAAGGGUGUGACUGGUGAGACUUAUUCUUCCGAAGGCAUUGCUCUAUUUCGAGUAUCUGGGACAUCGAUCCACAACAACAAGAUUCUUCAAGUUGAUGCGGUGGCAACAUCUUUAAGCUCAACAGAGUGUUUCGUAUUGCAAUCUGGAAAUGCUAUGUUUAUGUGGCUUGGCAAUUCUAGCACAUAUGAGCAACAGCAGUGGGCAGCAAAAGUUGCUGAAUUUUUGAAGCCUGGUGUUGCAGUGAAGCAUUGCAAGGAGGGGACAGAGAGUUCUGCUUUCUGGUUUGCACUUGGUGGGAAACAGAGUUAUACAAACAGAAAUUCUACUCAGGAUAUUAUUGCUAGAGAGCCUCACUUGUAUGCAUUCUCAUUCAAGAAUGGGAGACUGGAGGUUACUGAGAUCUUCAACUUCUCCCAAGAUGAUUUGUUAACUGAAGACAUGAUGAUACUGGACACACAUGGUGAGGUCUUCAUUUGGAUUGGUCAAUGUGUGGAGUCAAAAGAGAAGCAGAAGGCAUUUGAAAUUGGCCAGAAAUAUGUAGAGCAUGCAAAUUCUAUUGAAGAUCUUUCUUCAUAUGUACCACUAUAUAAAGUCAUGGAAGGGAAUGAGCCAUGCUUCUUCAAGACGUACUUCAAUUGGGACAACACAAAAUCUGUGGUUCAUGGGAAUUCAUUCCAGAAGAAACUCUCGCUACUUUUUGGAUUUCGUUCUGAGGGUGCACCUAGGAGCUCUGGUAAUGGUGGACCCACUCAGAGGGCAUCUGCAUUAGCAGCUCUAUCAUCUGCAUUUAAUCCAUCGUCCCAACAAAAGCUGUCUAAUGAGAGGCCUAAAAGCACAGGCGAUGGACCCACUCAACGUGCCUCUGCACUUGCUGCCUUAUCAAAUGCAUUUAAUCCAUCCUCAAAACCCAAAACUCCCACCCCACCUCCAUCUCGUUCAGGUCAAGGAUCUCAAAGAGCAGCUGCUGUAGCUGCAUUGUCCUCUGUGCUGACUGCUGAGCAAUCUGGAUCUUCAGAAAAUCUACGAGCCAAGGCUAGCAGCACAGCAGAUAAGACAGAUGUUGACAGGGUUGUAAUAACUCAAUCUGGUGCAUCUUCUCCUCAGUCUGAAGCUGGGGAGUCCUCUGUGUUUCACCAAGAAAAAGAUGUUGUAGAAGGGGCACCAUCUGAGGCUGAUGGAGCAGAGGCUGAGGCCCCAGAGGAAGAAACAACAGAGAAUGUGGGUGAAGCAACCUUUAGCUAUGACCGCUUGAUAACCAAAUCCACCGAUCCUGUUCGUGGGAUAGAUUACAAACGCAGAGAGGCAUACUUAUCAGAUAGUGAGUUUCAAACUGUUUUUGGCAUGACUAAGGAUGCAUUCUACCAACAGCCAAAUUGGAAGCAAGAACUACAGAAGCGAAAAGCUGAUCUCUUCUGAAGAGAACAAGCUUCGUAUCUAGUGUCUGCUAUAAAAUUUGAUCCUCUUAUCGUGAAUGGGAGUAAAUCUAUCAUAUAUUAUCAGUUAUGCUGCUUUCUGAGGACAGGCUACUGGUGGCUUUGCUCAAUUGGUUUUUUUGCGACCAAUUUUAUAGGUCAAUUCUUUUAUUUGUACAUGGCCUGAGUUGUGCUGCUUGCGAGGUCCUUAUAUACUCUAGCUUGCUUUGUGACUGUCCAUAUGUGUGUAUAAUUUUUUUUUUCAUUGGUUUGUUACGUAUGGGCAUUUCCUGGUAGGUCAUCCUUGAUUCAUUGUAUUGUUACUCAGGUGCAUUGCUCACGAAAUAUUUGUGCUGUCUGUUUGCUGUUGAUGGUUGACAA